CGUGUCCUGCUCGGGGGCGGGCCGGGGAGGGCCAGGAGGCGGAAGUUCCCGCGGGCGGAGGGGGACGGCGCUCGCACCGCAAGUCACUUGUCAGUGCUCGUCUUCGCGGGACGCUGCGCGGCGCGGGCCCCAGUUUCUUUCAUUUUCUGGGAUUGGACUUUGAGCCAUUAGAACCAUGAGCAACUACAGUGUGUCCUUGGUUGGCCCAGCUCCUUGGGGUUUCCGGCUGCAAGGUGGCAAGGAUUUCAACAUGCCUCUGACAAUCUCAAGUCUAAAAGAUGGCGGCAAAGCAUCCCAGGCAAAUGUGAGAAUAGGCGAUGUGGUUCUCAGCAUUGAUGGAAUAAAUGCACAUGGAAUGACUCAUCUUGAAGCCCAGAAUAAGAUAAAGGGAUGUACAGGCUCUUUGAAUAUGACUUUGCAAAGAGCAUCUGCUACACCCAAGCCUGAGCCAGUUCCCGUUCAAAAGGGAGAACCUAAAGAAGUAGUUAAACCUGUGCCCAUUACAUCUCCUGCUGUGUCCAAAGUCACUUCCACAUCCAACAUGGCCUACAAUAAGGCACCACGGCCCUUUGGUUCUGUGUCUUCACCAAAAGUCACAUCCAUCCCAUCACCAUCGUCUGCCUUCACCCCAGCCCAUGCGACCACUUCAUCACAUGCUUCCCCUCCACCUGUGGCUGCUGUCACUUCUCCCCCAUUCGCUGCGUCUGGACUGCAUGCUAAUGCCAAUCUUAGUGCUGACCAGCGUUCAUCUGCACUGAGCGCUGGUAAACCUGCAGUUAAUGUCCCACGGCAGCCCACAGUCACCAGCGUGUGUUCCGAGACUGCUCAGGAGCUAGCAGAGGGACAGAGAAGAGGAUCCCAGGGUGACAGUAAACAGCAAAAUGGUAACCCGGGCACUGUGAAAAUCCCACCUAAACGCCCACCAAGGAAACACAUUGUGGAACGCAAUACAGAGUUUUAUCACAUACCCACUCACAGUGACGCUAGCAAGAAGAGGCUGAUGGAAGACACUGAAGACUGGCGCCCAAGAACUGGAACGACUCAGUCUCGCUCUUUCCGAAUCCUUGCCCAGAUCACUGGGACUGAACAUCUGACAGAUUCCGAAACUGAUAAUACAAAGAAGGCAAAGUUUGACAGUUCUCUGGAAGACCUACCUAAGAGUGGACCUCACCCACCUGCAACUCCUCAGGUUUUACAUAUUGGUAGCCAAGUAGCCACACUUGCUAAAGUAACUACGCAUUCUAGUAGAAUUUUUCCUUUUUGCAGCUCCACAAGAAAUGUGGCAAGUUCUUUGGAAGGUUCUCGAAACUUUUCUACCUUCUCCUCUCCUGCUAGAUACACUGCUGCAGUUCUGAGCAGUGCAGCUGCUACUGUGUCUGCUGUCAUAGCUGCAAAAACCAGGCUCUCCAAUCCUGAACAAUAUCCCUCGCUCCUGGAUGCACUUUGCAUCAGCCCUGUGUCCAAGCCUUUAGCUUUUUCAUAUCUCCAGUCCUCGAGGAAAUCGACUGGCUCUAUCCGUGUUAGGAACACAAGCAACACCCAGGAUCCUUCUCAGCAAUUAACUCCAUCAGUAGCUUCAGCACGGAGCAUGCCUGAGAGGCAGGAAAGCCCAGCCUCGGCCAGGCCAGGGGUGGCCAGUCUCACAACUGCUGCAGCCUUCAAGCCACAAGGAUCCAUGAGCAUUAUCAAGUCACCAAGCUGGCAACGGCCAGACCAAGCAGCACCUUCCACUGGAAGAAUCUCAAACAGUGUGACAUCCUUAGGAGCAGUGGCACCAGUCAGCUCAGCUGGAAGUCAGCCCCAGCCAAGUGACCAGGACACUUUAGUGCAAAGAGCCGAGCAUAUUCCAGCGGGGAAACGAACUCCAAUGUGUGCCCACUGUAACCAGGUUAUCAGGGGACCAUUUCUAGUGGCACUGGGGAAAUCUUGGCACCCAGAAGAAUUUAACUGUGCUCACUGCAAAAAUACAAUGGCCUACAUUGGAUUUGUAGAGGAAAAGGGAGCCCUAUAUUGUGAGCUGUGCUAUGAGAAAUUCUUUGCUCCUGAAUGUGGUCGAUGCCAAAGGAAGAUCCUUGGAGAAGUCAUCAAUGCUUUGAAACAAACUUGGCAUGUUUCCUGUUUUGUGUGUGUGGCCUGUGGGAAACCCAUUCGUAAUAAUGUUUUUCACUUGGAAGACGGUGACCCGUACUGUGAGACUGAUUAUUAUGCCCUCUUUGGUACCAUAUGCCAUGGAUGUGAAUUUCCCAUAGAAGCUGGUGACAUGUUCCUGGAAGCUCUGGGCUACACCUGGCAUGACACUUGUUUUGUGUGCUCAGUAUGUUGUGAAAGUUUGGAAGGUCAGACCUUUUUCUCCAAGAAGGACAAACCACUUUGCAAGAAACAUGCUCAUUCAGUGAAUAUUUAAGUCGACAAUUCAGGAAAAAAGAAGAAAUUUGAAGAGAAAGGAAAAUUCAAAUUACCGAUUAAUUUUUAGAUUUAAUAUUUAUUUGGGGUUUUGAAAAAUAAUAGUGACCCUGAAGGGAUAAAUUCCAGCUUAAAAAUCAAGUCUAUGAGAAAAUACUUGGCUUCAUAGAGAGACAGUUUGGCAUUUAUUACUUUUCCUGUAUUUUCUGCCCAUAAAAUAACUUUUAUAAAAACCAAUUUCCUGGUUGACUAUUAAAUUCAUCUUAGAAUAAAUUAGUGAAUUAAAUUUCAGAAUAAAAACCUCUAACCUUUAUGCUCAAAUAAUUACACUUUUUUUUCCUUGUUAGGUAGUUACGUGUAAAUCUGUAAAAGGAAAUGAAAAUGCCUUACGCUGUAAGUGAAACAUUGUAUUUUUAAAUAAUGGUGUUUAUCUUUAAAACAGUGAAUAGGAGUUUAAACAAAGAAUUUUAACAAUCAUAGGUGUCGGUUUUUUAAAAAGCUGUAAGUACGUGUUUUUUUGUCUUAGAGUUGAUCAUUCCAGUAGGAAACACCAAUGAGAUUUUUGAUCAAAAUGUGUCAUACCAAUAAGAGAUACUACAUUUUUCUUUCAUUCUUGCUCCCCGAAAAGCCACCAUAUAGCUUACAAGUCUCAAAUUUUUGCCUUUUUAAAAUACUACCAUUUCUAUUCAUUGUGUAUUGUUACAUCACCUAUAUUGAUCAAACUACAUUUUUUCCCUUCCCUCAUGCUAAGUUAAAGAGACAAAGUAGAAAAGAAUAAUAUUGGGAAUUACUGUAAAUCAGAGGAUUAUAUAAAAAAAUUUAACCCUUUUCAGACAAUGAAUCAGUUAGAUCAGUUUCAGAGUUAUACUACUAACUGACUGAUGAAGGUCUGAGAGCCCUCUUUGCAGUAAUUUUUUUUCUUUGACUCUGCUUAAGAAAAAUAAAAGAUUGGCUUGGGGAUAUGAUAAAAUCUAAAGUUCUGUUUUCCUUUGGUAGCUCUUAAUAAUAAAUGAACCACUUCCAAAUGUGAUCAUAAAAUUUGGAAAGGUUUUAUUCACAGAGGUUGGUAAUACAGGAGAAUGUGAUUAAUUACUCACACUGGUCCAUUAUUUUCUUUCUUCAUUUGGGGAAAAAUUUACGUAGACACCACAUGAAGGCAGAGAAACAACUGUGGUAAUAUUGUAGAUCUAGUGAUAUGUGCCCAGUAAGAAAAUAGAUUAUGGCAUUUGAUAGUUUUUCGUCUUUGUUUCCAGAAUGGAUGAAAGCCAAUGACUCCACUAAGUUAUAAUUUAAACCCAAUGGGGGCAAGAUGCUUUUACAGUUGAGGCUGAGCCUCGAGGCCCUCCUGCACCAUCAUUGGCUAACAGCUUCACUUCCAUUGCAUGCAUGUUUGUUAGAGGGAGGUUUUAGUCUACAAUAUUAGUUUGACCUCCCUGAGAACUUUUCAAGGCAUCUGUCCUGAAAGCUGUUAAUUUAUGGUCUAGCAGAUUCGUAUUAUAUGCAGAUAAUAAUUAACUGGGGAUAAAAAAAUAUGGACUUAAAGUGGCAAACUGAAUACUUCACCAAUAGCAACCCCAAACUACCUCCUCACCCUGCAGCUUGUAGGGAGGUAGGAAGUCCAUUUUAAAAUAAAGAGCUGGAAUUGCAUUGUGCCUUAUUUCUCAUUGCUGCUGAAACCACCUGUAGAGGACAUUCUGGCUAAUGUACAUUGUCAUGUAUCUUAAUGUCAGUCUCCUGCUUUACACAAUAGGAAAUAAGUUGGUGGUUUUGUUUUGGUGUGGUAGAGAUUUUUUGUUGUUACUCAGUUUUUUUGCCUUUAUUAAUUGUAUACCAAGAUAGUCUUUGAUAAGUCAAUGACAUUUGGGUAUUUUCUUCAAAGAAUUUUAUUUGACCUGGAUUUCUUAUAAAAUUAUCUUACAUUGAGGGUAUCAUUUUUAUUAGACUUUUUUCCUACAUAUUAUUCAUGGAGCAUAGUGUUGUAUUUCUCUAAAUUUUAUCCCUGAAAGGGUAACAUUGCUUCCUAAUUUAUCAUUUUGUCUUUGUGCUUUGUCCUCUUUUUUGGUGAAGCUUUGUAUCUGUUCCUAAAACAGUUAAUCCUGUGAAAUCAAUAUUCACUAAAACCCAGAAGAAUCUCUGUGUUUUCCAGUGGGGAAUGCCAUAUUUAAUAUGCAAGCAUUAAUCUUUUAAUAACUGGCAGAGCACUUUAUUCUUCUGUUGAGCUCCCUGAAUAUUUAUUUUUCUGAUUAUAAAUAUUCCACAUCAGUAGCAUUUUUUAAUUAUUACGUCCUUACUGCAGAACAUUUACUUUUAGUCUCUCUACAUGUAUAUUUUGGAAUGCUGUACUUAGUAUAAUACAGAUUAAAACACAGUACAUGACUCUAUAAAACAUCCCCUCCUUGCAUUUCCCAGUUUCAGAAUGCUUGUGAUGGGCUCAGAUUUAUAAUAUUUCUUUAGCUUUACAAAGACUCAAUAUUGCUCCCUGUAAUAGCAGCCUAAAAGUGACCCCCCCACUGCUUAUGCUUCUAGUAGCAUCUGUAUUUCCCACUGAUUCAGGUUACAUUCAGAGUCUAAAGCUAAAACCUGCUCAUUUGGUCACAGUAUUAUGACAAAUAGAAAUAAGAGUUUAAAACUUCAAAAUAUUAGUAUAGCAUUAUAAUUAAAAUUAUCUACAACAAAAGUGGAUUCAUGGUACUAUUUUUAAGGGGGUAUUGUAUUAGGACCACUUUUAUAGAAAGCAGUUUUUUCCACUCCCUGUUCAAGUGUGAAGCUAGAAUUAUAUUAGUAUUUUUGUGAUUGGAGUUUAUAGUUAGUCAUCCCUAUUGAAAGGAGAGGCUUUUCAGAUAUAAGAGAAGGGAAAACAUACUGAAUAAUUUUACACAAGUCUAAUGGGGUUUCAGUUUGACCUGUUUAAUCCCCCAGAUGUUUUAAGGUAUUGGGUUUAGAUUCUCAAUGUAUCAUUUGCCUUAUCUAUUAAACUUUGUCUUCUGUUUCUUCACAUUUUUAAGUUUGUAUGUCUGUGCUAUUACGCUUUUGUAUACAUUUUCUAAUUAAAAAACACAAGAGAAAUAUAAUCAGCAUAGUAAUACCUUAAUGUGCACAUACUUAAUAAAUAAAUGGCUGCAGUGACAGAGACAAGCUCUCCUGGCUUUUCUUUUCGGGUGGCAAGUGGUUUCCAUUAAGUCAUCAUCAGAAAAUAACAGGAUCACAGACUAGGAUGAGAUGUAAAAAUUCUCAGAAAAAUCUCCCUUUUAGGAAAAUUGUCUGUCAAAAUGUCCCAGAAACAAAACAUUUAUAAGUACUGCCACAUUAAUUCUACUUCAGAAUUUAAUUCCAUUUCUAUGCUCUGCAUUUACACAAUUAAUGUUUGUGUACACAAUUGUUUGUGAAUUGACAAAUAGCUCUAUUGUCUUUAAAAAAUAUUGCCAAAGUUACUUAUUGGAACAACCUGUCGUAUCAUGCAUUAUAUUGUAUCAUAAUGUCAUGUUCAAACAACACAAGUUAUCAUCUACAUUUUCACAUUUUUCAUUGUCUGGGAUGGGUUACUUCAUGCUAAACUCCUCUUUAACUACGUAUGAUCACCUAUUCCUCAUUUAUUGGUUUGAGUAAGAUUUUUUCCAACUGUAUGAAGUUAGGAAUGUUUCUAUUAUAGGCUGUAUAUUGGAAAUAAAAGACAAAUUCUGAGUCUA